AUGUUGUUCAACAGCCAAUCCUUGCUUGUAGGGAUACCCUUGAUCUCUCAAGCUCUUUCUGCACCUCUUUUGGAGUCGAGGGCAACUGCUGCCAGCGCUGCUUUCCCUGAUUUGCACCGUGCAGCACAGCUUUCUUCCGCUGCUUACACUGGUUGUAUCGGAAAAGCCUUCGAUGUCACUAUUACCAAGAGGAUUUAUGACCUCCUGACCGACACCAAUGGAUUCGUUGGAUACUCCACGGAGAAGAAGAAGAUAUCGGUUAUCAUGAGGGGCUCGACUACCAUCGCCGACAUCUUGAAUGACAUUGAUAUUACCCUUGUCACUCCCUCGCUCUCGGGCGUGACCUUCCCUUCCGACGUGAAGAUCAUGAGAGGUAUUAACAGACCUUGGUCAGCUGUACACGACACAGUGAUUGCCGAAGUCAAAUCACUCAUCGCGAAGUACCCGGAUUACUCUUUGGAGGCAGUCGGACAUUCCUUGGGUGGUUCCCUCACAUACAUUGCCCACGUUGCACUGGCUCAGAACUUCCCGGGGAAGGCACUCACCAGCAACGCACUUGCUGCUUUUCCCAUCGGCAACGAAGCGUGGGCCAACUUUGCUAGUUCGCAGCCCGGUACUUUGAACCGUGGAAAUAACAUUCUUGAUGGUGUUCCAAACAUGUACGUGAGCGGGCUUAUCAACUUCAAGCACUAUGGAACCGAAUACUACAGCGCUGGCUCGGGGGCCACCUGCGUAAAGUGCGCAGGGGAACGAGACCUGGCCUGCUCUGCUGGCAAUGGCAUGUACGCUGUCACUAUCGGUCACUUCUCGAGCUUUGGCAUUACGAUGCUUACUGCUGGUUGUGGCCUGUUUUGA